UCAUAGCCGCAUAGGGGUGAAGAGGAGAGGGAGUAAUAUUCAAGCAUUAAGCAUACUUGGCUCAUCAUCUCCAUCUCCCUUCCUUUCUAGUUUCUCACCCCUUCAAUUCAGAUCUUCCCUCCCAAAUCCCCUUUACAGAUCCAAUUUUCCAUCUCCUGCAAUUCACCCAAUAAUCACUUCAUCAAUUCAUCAUCAAAAAUGUCGCAUUCAAGUUCAAUUAGUGAUACAAUCCCUCUCCACACUUCCUCUCAAUCCGACAUCGACGAGAUCGAGAAUCUCAUCCAUUCUUCAAUUCAUACGGCACCAUCAACCGUCCUUCCCGCCCGUGCACCGUCACCUCCCCGUGCAUCAAUCCCUGUAUCGUCCUCCUCUACUCCUUCCCCUUUUAUACCCUCUAAUCUUCCACCUCCUUCUGCCCCUUUACCCGCCACCGUCAAACCCGCAUCCACCGUACCUCCUCUGCCACCACCCUCUUCGACUGGUGGUGGGAUUUCUGCAACUGGGUUCGGCCCGCUUCCUAAUACUCUUACUGAGCCUGUUUGGGAUACGGUUAAGCGAGAUCUAUCGAGGAUUGUUAGUAAUUUGAAGUUGGUUGUGUUUCCUAAUCCGUAUAGAGAAGACCCGGGUAAAGCUUUGAGAGAUUGGGAUCUUUGGGGUCCCUUUUUUUUCAUUGUUUUUCUUGGUCUUACCUUGUCUUGGUCUGCUUCUGUUAAGAAGUCAGAGGUGUUUGCUGUUGCAUUCGCGCUGCUUGCUACUGGUGCCGUAAUUUUGACAUUGAAUGUACUUCUAUUGGGAGGACACAUAAUAUUUUUUCAGAGCCUAAGCCUCCUGGGUUACUGUCUAUUCCCUUUGGACAUUGGAGCACUUAUCUGCAUGUUGAAGGACAAUGUGAUAGUAAAGGUGGUUGUGGUAUGUGUGACUCUGGCGUGGAGCUCGUGGGCUGCAUAUCCUUUCAUGAGUUCAGCAGUGGGGCCAAGGCGAAAAGCUCUGGCACUCUACCCAGUCUUCCUCAUGUAUGUAUCUGUCGGCUUUCUCAUAAUCGCUAUUGAUUGAUUAAGCAUUGACGGAUCCUAGUUAGAUCACGUGGAGUCUUCGGGAGGCUGCAAGCCCGUAUGGUGCAAUAUGAUUGUGUAUACUUCGAAAUCAAUCUUGUCGUGCUCAUAUAUUGACAGUACGAAAUUUUUGUGUAAUAAAUCAAUAGCAAGGUUAUAUGCAGAAGCAGAUCCAUAUGAAUUUUUUCCUGAAUGUUUGCUAGUUUAGUUUAUUCAGCUGUGAUUUCUCUGUGUAAAAGUGUUUGGUAGAUUGGUUUUUCGUUUUGACGGGGAUGAUACUGUAUUUUCUUUGCUUAACUAAUACUUCGACGUUUCUGAUGAAUCGAUUGAUUGGCAAGUCACGCUUUGGAGUUGCAGAACACUUGCUAACUGAUGUAAUGCAAUGCAAUGCAGUUGGUUA